GGUCAAGACAUUUCAUCACUUGGUCUAGAAACAUCUCAUUUCUUUCGUAAACUAUUUCCCAACCGGAAUUCUAAAGUAAUAGUGUCAACUAGCUUCAAACGGCUGACCGGUGAAAAAAAUAAAUUGAUUUGGAGCUUUCUUAAACUCGUUUUACCUGAACAGUACAGAGAAAAACAUAUAUUAUUAAGAAGUAAUGGAAGAAAGACAAGAAAAAUGUCUGUCCUAUCUACAGCAGCGGUAUCUAGUUUAAAUGAUAAGGCCAAAGUAUUCAUCUGGAGAAAUUCUGUUCUGUUAUCCUUUGAUUUCAGCCGAUUUUUAUUAAUUAAAAGCCAACUACCGACAUCUGAAACUGUAAAGUCGGUAUUAGUAAACUCGAAGCAAUCGUUGCUUGAUGAAAUAAAAUUCAAAUUUCUAGCGACGUGUUUCGAUAGACGCAGUUGCACUAAUCUGUUUUGUGGCACUAGACGAAAGUUUAAUGGUCACGACAAAAAUAUAACUCCAAUCUAUCGAAUCGAGACACCAGCUCUAAAUAAACGUCUGUGGAGUGAACCGAAAAAUGCUUUUAACGCACGGAUGAAAAGUUUGACACUUUCAACGAACACCUUGAAAUGUUUAACAAGUUCCAAUAAUAUGAUGACGUCAGAGGAAUUAACUCAAUUUUCUUCAGAUGAAAACAAGUCUAUUUUAAGUAAUAAUUUAGCUUCUUUAGGUUCUUUUGUCAACUUGUCAGUUUCAAAAAAAGCAAAGAAGAAAAGUCUAGAUGAUAACGUUAUAUUAAAUGAUCAAUUGAAUACACAUAUGUGUCAGAACCCUAAAAUAACCGUUUGCAAAAAUGGUUCCCUGUUACCAUUGCAAUAUACAAGACGAUUUCGAGAAAAAUUUAAGCAAAACACUAGCGUUGGGAAUGCUAUGAUAUCUGAAACAAAAACCUUAUUUUUAAAUAAACUAAAACUCCCAGGAUUUUUUAAAGACAAAGCAAUAACGACGGUGCAUACGGCCCCUAUCUUGACUAACACAAAAAGAGAUAGUUGCGACAAAAAAACAUUACUAAACAAUCAGCUGAAAUCGUUUUCAAAAGCUCCAAAUGUAGUUUCUUCUCUGAACAAAAACAUUACAUCGGCAAAUAAUUCUGAAGUAUCAUUAAUAAAAGAACAAGACGUACCAUGUCCUACUACUGUUGUCUUUUCUCUCUCACAUUCUGAAGAUCAUGUUGAAAACAAAAAAACAAUAGAAAGCAUUCGUUACGACUCCUUGUAUGUAAAUCAAUUGAAAACCUGUAUGACACCGGAUGAAAAAGCUCAAAUACUGUAUAAUAAGUAUGAUCCCUUAAAUGGUUUUAGCGAAACUCGACCGAACGAGGGUUCUGACACCGAAUUACAUAAAAACUUGCACAGUAACCAAACUGUUCCCGAGAAAAAUCGUCAAGCUUGCUUUGCUCCAACAUGCCGUAACAGCGUAUUUUUCACUACCGAAGAAAAAAGGAGAGUAAAGCAGCCACGAUUACUGAAAUUUGAUUCUCACAAGACGCCACUACCACCUUCACAAGCUUCUGUUUUACAAAAUAUAAAUUUAAAUUUUAAUACUCAAAGUAUUUCACUCCUGACUCGAGAACGGCGUUCUCUUUCUCUCCCUUGUGGCCUGAUUGAGUCCGGUACAAUCACCUUAGAAAAGACGAAUUGUAAAAGGUGGUCCGACGUACAGCCUUUAACUUCAUACUCAAGUUUUACCAAAAUACUAAACCGGAACGGUGGAAAUACAUCAAUAAGACACGUGAGGGAAUAUGCAUCUUCAUUCUCGAAAAAAAAGCAUGACGUCAUAACAACUGACUCAUCGCCUGUUGUCAAUACAUCUUUUGCCCGUUAUCCGCUUUUCUCACGUCAACGUAACAAGGGUGGGUCUUUUAAUGACUUCAAUACGUCACCUGUCUCAAAUCACCUCCCUUCCAAGAAUAAGCGUAAAGAAAUUUUUCGCCCUCAAAAUCAUUUAUUACCUCAGACUAAUCAAAAAAAAAUAGAAAAUUGGAGUGACAAACUUUUAUCAUCUUGCGAAUCUGAAAAUGCAAAUUCAAUUAAUAAAACGUUCAUAAGAAUGGUUCCGAAUGCGAGAUCUCUAACAAAACCCCAAAUAUCUUCUUCCAACCACAACAAUCAAACUAUGUCCGAUGAACGUGUUACAUCCCCUAAUCUCAAGAAAACUUUCUACAAUCACAAGGUUGAUUUCUAUAAGAUUAACAAAGAGAACUUUGCUUUAAAUAAAAAUGACGCAUUUUCGUCCAAGGCCCUCCUUUCAAAAACUGAUAACGAAGGCAAUAUUUUUUUGAAACAUUCCUCAAUGUCUCAUCAGCACAAAAGUAUAAUACAAGAUUGGGGUGAUAAGCUUUUAUCCUCUAGCGAAUCUGAAGAUUUAAAUUCAAUUGAUAAAACAGCUUCCGCAAUGAGUGCAUCCGAUCGAUUUAAUGAAAAUACAAAUCUUUCUACUUUAACUCAACAAACUGUCGAUCAAUCCCACCAGUGGGCCAUCUCUUUGGUACCACAGGAAUCUCCACCUAGGAGUACAAAUCAUUUAUUCAGUAUGAUCAAAGAUAAUUCUUCAAUAAACCAGGAUAGAUCACCUUCCUUACAUAAAAUGCCUUCAGUGACCCAUAACUCAAAAAACCUUCUCUAUAAACCGUCCAACAUGUAUAAGCCUAAUCAAAGAGCAAUAGAUGCUUGGUGUGAUGAGCUAGUAUUAUCAGAGUACUCUGAAAAUUCGGAGAUUAUCACUCAAGGCGUGCCUAUGUCAAAUGAGUUCGACGUUGCAACUACGAAUCAGCAAAUUAUUUUUGUAUGUGGGAAAAGUCAAAAUCAACCAAACGGAAAUUUCAUAUCUUCGAUCGAAAAACAAAAUUCACCCUUUAACGUAAACAAACAAUUUGAACCUAAGCUGAAGAGUUGUUCAAAAGAGAAAAAACACGUAAAUCGAUUCAAUGACGAAGCUUCGUUCAUUUCUAAUUCUAAAGAUAUUUCCGAUAAGCAAUCUUUAGCCUCUAAUCUCUGCGACAAAAAGACGCACGACGAAAAAAAAAAAAAUCUAUUCUCUAUUUAUUCAAAUAAUCUGAAGUCAAGUGUUCAAAAAAUAUCAUUGAAUGAUCCAUCCAAUGCACCAUCCACCUCGUCACAUGUAGACCCUGUAACUAAAGAAAUUGUGAGAAAAUUCGAAAAAACUACUAAAUUGCAUCUUCCCAACAGCUCGAUAUCGGGCAAUUACCCUAUCAGUGGAACAUUAAAUAACACCACUCUUCACACAGAUAUUUCGGAUCCCGUUUCACGUAAACGUUCUUCAAAAUCCUACUUUGCGGAAAGUAUAAUGCACGAUUGGAGCGAUGACUUUUUAUCGUCUAGUGUAUCGGAAAGCUCCGAAUUAAUCAGUUCAAAAUUGUCACCCUUGAAUGAGAACUAUGUGUUACCUGUCACUGCUUAUGUCUCUUCUGCAACAAAAACAAAUGCGAUUCCGUCAAACGAAAAAGUCUUAUCCACGGUUUCCAAACAAUUUCGUUCUAGUAACGUAAGAAAUACAGUGAAGUGUGAAGAGAACCAUUCUUUUGAUAACCAAUCAAACUCCAUUAUCUCAACCAAACCGAUUUCACACACUUAUAUUACGAAGGAUUUUUUUGAAAAAUCGCCUUUAACCUUAGAAGAAAAUCAAAAAAUAAUGCAAAAUUGGAGUAACGACCUUUUAUCCUCUAACGAUACUGAAAACACUGAGUGUUCUUAAAAAAAAUCUCCUACUUUAAAAAUUCAAAAAUCAUAAAAAAAAAUUUUAUCCAUUUUUAUCAAAAAUGUCAAACAUGGCCAUCAGAAAACAAUACAUUUUGUUAUCUAUCGCCGGGAAAAACUUCAAUAACGAAAAUAGUAACAAAUUAAUUUACAAUAAUCCUCAACCCAAGUAUUCAGCAAAACAAAGCGUGAUUAUAUAAACUCACAUAAUGCAAGUGAAGAAAAUAUGCAAACAAAAAAAUACUGAGUUUCUUGUUCUAUCCAUUAAAGAAAUUAUGAUGGUCUUAUUUGUAAUGGAUAGUAUCGUUAAUCAAUUAUCAUUCACAACAGACUAAUUUAAUCUAACUACUCAUCAGAUCUCAUGUAUCAUAAUUUUAUAUUUUGGGAAUUUAAAACAGUGAAAAGCUUCAUAAACUAACUUUCACAACUUACCCGGGUGCAGCUUCAUACAAUACUAAAUUUAUCUUAUGCAAUUUUAUACAAACACCUUGUUUUUAAUGCGUUUUGACACCGAUUGGUAAAAAUAAUGAGAUACUUGCAUACCGGUAAGAACGGAUUUGAUCAGAGCUAAUCUGGUAUUACAAACAAAACGUUAGAAACCCAUGAUUUUAAGGAUGUGGUUCUAUCUGAUCGCUUGACUCGGUUUUAUUUUUAAACUGGCUAAAUGAAAUAUAUCAAUUCAAUAUGGAAGAGAAUUUGUGUAUUAUUUUUAUUAAGAAACAUUGGUCAAAACUAUAAAAUAAUAUAUCACAAUGUUACCAAUAGGCGCUUUCCAUUACCUGGACGUUUUGUUUUCAAUUGUGAUUUCUUUAUUACACUUUGUUUUAAAUGGAACAUUUUUAACUUUAAUUUUAAAAUUUCAUGCGAAUGAUAUAGAACGUUAUAACAUAUAUUUUUUAGUCAUUCUCAUAUAUUUCCUAGCAUGUCAAAGAAAAAGUGAGAAAUGGGGUUGUUUUAUUUUGAUUCAAAUCUACACAAAAUUCGAAAUUUUGAUCGUGUAAAUUUUUGAGCACAAUGUUGAAUCCUUGUAAUUUUACUACACAAAA